UCCGUCCGAUCACCUCGUGUCACCAUCUACCCAUCUCACUAACCCUCGCUCACUCUACUCUCUCACUUCAGUCGGUCGCAUUCUUUGCUUGGAAUUGUGCGCCGCUGCACCUGCUCGUGUUGCUCUUUACGGGCAUUUUCGCUCCUUCUUUCUUCGUCUCCCUUCCUCCAUCUUCUUCCGGUCUGCCUCUUCUGGCUUUUCCUUGGUUGUAUGCAUAUAGCGACGGCUCCCUUGCUACUUGAAUCGACGUCACCCAGCCUCCCCUAUUUCUCCCCCCACAGCCUGCGCUGUCUCACAUACGAUUCCCGCAUACUCCUGUGACGCUGCCGCAUCCAAGUCUGGUGCCGAAUUUAUAUGCGCAAUUAUGGCUUCGAAGGAACCCCCUAAAAGGGAACGGCUGACGCUCGAGAAGCUGAUUCAAUAUGACGAUGUCAUAACCGAUGCGCUCGUCGACAAGGUCCAUUACUGGACCACCAUCAGGAAGAACCACGGGGGUCGCUUCACCGCAUCGCGUGGUCUGCGCGAAGAGGACAUUGCCAACAUUCUCAGAAAAUCCGUCAUUCUCGAUAAAGACAUCAACGAAGCAAUGCAGCGACUGAUCCAACUACCCGGCUUGAAGAAGUAUAUCAACGGCCUCAAGGACGUGGAUCGCGAGCAUUUCACCCGCCAUCUCCGUAGAUACGUCUCCAUAUACAUGCCCGAGUGUCCCUUCGAAGUGACCACCACCAACCGCUACACCAUCAUCGACCACGAAGCCUCGAUAACCGCGCGGCGAAAUAUCGACGCGCGCGAGGAGAUCAAGUUUUUGACUGGCGUGCAAGUGGCCAUGACAGAACAACAGGAGCAAAAGCUGGAACUCGCCCGGAAAGACUUCAGCCUUGUCAUCUCAAGUCGCAAGAAGACACGAUCUCUAUUUCUCGGACCUGCCCGAUUCGCAAAUCAUGACUGCGAUCCUAAUGCCAGACUGUCUACCAAAGGUUAUGAUGGAAUGCAAGUGGUCGCGGUCAAGCCUAUAGCUGAGGGAGAAGAGAUAACCGUCUCGUACGGCGAGGAUUAUUUCGGCAACGAUAACGAGGAAUGUCUUUGCCAAACCUGCGAAGAUAGGCAGGUCAAUGGAUGGGCGCCAUACAGGCAAAAAGAUCAAGAUACCGACGAUGAAGAGGAGGAACAGAAACAUGAAGGGCGGAAAAAGGACUGUGCGGAGGUGAACCUGGUCAGUGAAGUUAAUUCUACUGACCAGGAAGCCCCAUGCCUAAAUCCUAGAAAGAGGAAACAUAUUACUACAGAGGAACUGGCGACGAAUGACCCGAUAUCUUUGAAGCGUGCUAGGACCGAUAGCAACGGACAUAGGGAAGAAGGACCAUCGCUCAGCGGAGAAGAGGCUACGGCCAACAUAGCACGCGAACUACGGUCACAACAACGCGUGGGGCUCCUGGAUCUAUCAGUUGAUGAGACAAGCUCUUCGCGAAACACAACACCAGCGUCUUCGAAUUCAGCCGCGUCCCCUAAAUCCUCCCAAUCCACAGAUGCCACGUCUGUAGAUGAAGACCACCCAAUGUCAGAUAAAAACAUCAUCAAGAUCGAUAUCCAUCCAGUAGACAACCAUGCGGAAACUGCUAUUGGUGCAGCCGUUAUCAAAGAUGAAGUCGAAUCAGUCGCGAUUGCUGCACCCUGGGCGCCGCUCUUUGCCGACGACUCCUCAUCCGAAAUCAGCGAGCUCUCCGAUGGCCUAGAUCUUGAUAACGUACUACAAAAAAUUGUCAAGCGAAAGAAACCGAAAAUGAUGCUGCCCCCACGCAAUACGCGAUCAACGAGCCGGAAUGAGGUGGUAGGCACCCCCAUUCCUGACGCAUAUCCUAGCGCCGAAGGAUGGGAAGAGAAUAGCCGCAAGCCAGGUGAUUACAUGACCUCACGCUCACUACUGUCCGGGAAAGACAGCAAAUGGGCUGAAUGCCAAACGUGCGAGGAAGACUUUGUACAGCAAGAUGGUCAUCGUGGAACCCGCAAGGAAUGCCCACGAUGCGAGCGACACUCUAUACUCUAUGGGUAUGCGUGGCCCAAGACGGAGAAGGAAGGCAAGCACGACCGAGAGGAGCGGAUUCUGGACCACAGAACGAUACACCGAUUCGUGGACGCCGAUGAGGAGAAGACGCUCAAGAAGGGCAGGGGAAGGACACGCGGACUCAAGAGCAUUGUUGAGCGUUACUCGACACCGCACUCUGGUCGUGGGUCCUCUAUUAGCACCACACGGGAGGCUGACAGCGGACACAGUCGGCGGAAACGCUUCCGCAAAACGAUGUAA